AAGUAGCAUGAAAAGAUAAAACUCAAGUAAAGUACAAGUACCUCAGACUUGUACUGAAGUGCAGUACUUGAGUAAAUGUAGUUACUUUCCACCAAUGAUCAGCUUGACAAAACAUUUGUGUCCGUAGAUUAUUAUUUUUUUAAUAUUCUGGCAUCGCUCAAAAAAACCCCACACAUUUUAUUCUGACAUCUAAACUGGCAGCACAUUUAUAUCCUGUAAGGGCUUUUAUUUUGAAGCGCACCCGGAAGUGUGGUCGCCCCUCACCGCGUGUACCUUUGUGUGGUCAGCUGGGUUAGAUUGUGUUGGGAGGAGGGAGGCAGCUCAGUGUGUGUGUUGAUCAGGCUGCAGUCACACACCUGAAAACACACUUUUAACUUUUUAAACUUUUUUCAUUCACAAAACCUCCAUCAUGGAUCUGGACCCGACCAUCAUCAUCCCGGCGGUUCUCUUCACCGUCAUCGCCAUUUAUUUCGCUUCAUCGCUCCUGAGCAAGAAGCCCGACGCCGCCUCCUCCUCCUCCUCCUCAGCCGGGAACAAGAAGCCCAAAGUCGGCUACGGAGACGACACCCCUCCGUCCAGAGCUCUGGGAGAACAGCUCCGCCCCGCGCCCGCAGCCUCCCCGGCGCCAGAGCCUCCAGCUCCGGCUGUGGAGGACAUCGGAGCCGCUGAGAAGAUCCAGGACUCACAGCUCCAGGCUGUCCCAGAACCGGUAUCAGCACCAGAACCUGUCCCAGAACCAGUAAAAGUACCAGAACCUGUCCCAGAACCGGUAUCAGCACCAGAACCUGUCCCUGAACCACUAAAAGUACCAGAACCAGUCACAGUACCAGAGACCGUACCAGAACCAGAAACUGUUCCAGAACUAGCUGCAGCACCAGAACCUAUCCCAGAACCAGUAUCGGUCCCCGAACCUGUCCCAGAACCGGUAUCAGUACCCGAACCUGUCCCAGAACCUGUUGCAGUGCCCGAUCCAGAGCCUGUGGCCGAGUCUGAACCAGUAACUGAAGCGGUCCGGCAGCCUGUGGCUGAACCUGAACCUGAGCAGUCCUCACCUGAGCUGAUCCCUGGAGCAACAGAAGACCGUCUGCCGACCCCUGAACCCGUCGCAGAGGCAUCGCCCGAGCCUGAACCAGAACCUGAACCAGAGACCGUCCUGGACGAUGUGGCUGCAGCUGAAGACAAGGUGAAGUUCACUCCGGGAAAGAAACAGAGCAAGUUUGAGACGCUGAUGACCAAGGAGGAGAUCGAGGAGGAGCAGAGGGUGCAACAGGAGCAGCUGGCGGCCAUCUUCCUGCUGCUGAGGGAGAACCAGGAAGUGCUGGGGGAGGUGACGGAGGGAGACAUGGAGGAGCAGCUGAAGCUGUACUCCCUCUGAGACGCCGUCCGUCCUUUCCGGGACUCCAUCCCUUUCUGCAGUGUACAGUUACCACGACAACGCUAAAUCACAAAACUUGAAUGUAAAAUACUGUAGAUUUACGUUUUAAAGAUGAAAUCUGUAACUUGUUUUAGUUAAAAAUGUCUUCUACAUUGUGGUGUUUCUUUAGACGUUCAGACAGACACAUUUUAAUGUGGCUGGACUGAAGGAAAAGAUCUAAUUGCAAUUUUCUGAUCAAUGUUGCGAUUAUUGGUAACGCUUUAGAUUACAGCCCGCAGAUUGCAGUGUUAUUAUUUAUUUAGUAUUUAGUAUGGGAAGUCAAUAAAUUCCUUGGGACAAAUAUGUAAGCACGAGGGGAAAAGACAAGAGGUUUCGAGAAUAAAUUAUUACACUGGAAUAAAUAAAUGACACUGUAGGUAAAUUGCAGAUGACCUAAUUCAUAAUUACAGGGUAUAAUAUUAUUAUUGUGUAAAACGAGGCUGGAAAAAUGGGGGAAACAAGGUAACUGUUUUAAUAUUACAAAGAAAGUACGUAUGGUAUCAUUUAUUUUAGAAAUAUGAUAUAUUUACAAUUUUACUUUGGGGAAUUAUUAUGUAAAAAGUAUUUUAAAUACAAAGUGUUUUUUAUUAUUUAAAUGGUAAGGCUACAUAACAUUAGCCUCAGAGGAAGGCUGUAGCUGUCGUGAUGUAGUUUUGGGAUCCAUCUGACAAUUAAGAUCAUGAUCAUGAAGGAAUAUAUACUUUCUCUCAAACAAACGUUAUUGUGGUAUGAGUCAGCAGCUGUUCAUAAAUUCAAACUGAGCCUCGUGCUAACGUCGGUGUUACGAAGUGCAGUUUUAUCAUCACUAAAUUAAAACUGGUUGCACCUCACAAACUAGUUCUUAUGUAGAAAUUAGUUGCCACUAAUAUAUAUAUAUAUAUAUAUAUAUAUAUAUAUUAGCCGUUAGCUAACUGAACCAACUGGCAAAGCUAACGUUAGCAUGCUAAUAACUGAGCCGUUUAGAGUGAUGAGUAAAAGAGGUGAUAUGGAGCUCGGUCGACGUCUCUGACCUGAAACUUGAUGAAUGCUGUUUAAUAACGACGUCAGUCUUGAAGGUUUUAAAUUGCACUUCACAAAAAUAACACAACAUACCUCAAAUUAAGAAACAUUAUGCUAAUAACAUUUGACUAAAUGGCAGUUAGCUUAGCAUAAUCAGAUAUUUCUCUCUCAAAGACUGUAUGAAUACUACUAACUCUGAAACACACAGAUUUCUCCAUGUAUGCAGACACAAAUAAAACUAAAGUAAUACUUUACAAAGAUGUAUCUUUUGCAGUACUUGUGCUAGCUUAUGAUGCUACAGUGAUUUCCUGUUUACAUAGUUGAUUGCUCUUGAUUGGACAGCGCUACAGAUGUUUCCUAGCAACCAAUUUAAACAUUCCUAAAGUCUUUACUAGCUGAGACAUUUCUUAAGUUUUAAUGGUGCAACCUGAUUUAGUAAACCACUAGUUUGAAACUAGCUAGUAGCUACUGAGAACUUAGGAAGGACGUUAUGUUCAGACUUAGAAAUGGAUUUGCUGCAACCUAGUCCGGGUAAUUAACGUAAGUUAGUAAAUGUAAAGUACGUACUGCACUGGUUGCCUGGCAACCUCACGGUGACAAGACUCCAGGAAGUUACAGCUCCGGGCCAAGAAACACCCGUUAAGUCAAUGUGUUGUUUUUAAACUUUUUGGUCUUUUUGAGGGUUAAACAAACGAGAUAUAACGUGUUAAUUUGUUACCUCUGGACAGAGCCAGGCUAGCUGUUUCCCCCUGUUCCCAGUCUUUAUGCUAAGCUAAGCUAAACGGCUGCUGGCUGUAGCUUCAUAUUUACUGUACUGACAUGAGAGCGGCAUCAAUCUGAACAUCUAACUCUCAGCAUGGAAGAGAAUAACUGUAUUUCCCAAAAUGUUUAAGCAAUAGUUUUAUUGUUAUAUUACCUGAUGUUUAUCUUCCCAUUGUUUUUCCACUAAAACAGUUUCUGUUUGUUGAUCCGCAGAUUAGAAAACUAUUGGUGGUGGUUUUCAUUAGAACGAAUGGAGUGCCUUGUUAUUUUCUGGAUUUCAUCUUGAGGUUUGAAGCUCUCGCGUCACCAAAGACGAAUAAAAAGAGCUCAAACUUUCUUCUGCAGUCUUCAUCCUGUCACCACAUCUCGACACUGUAAAGAAAACGUAACAGACUUUAUUUUUAAAAUAUUAAGACUUUUCUCUCAAAAUAAAAUGGGUUUUUUAUCUUGAAAUAUUACGAUAUUAAUCUUGAAAUAUUUAGGACUAACAAUUCGGUCUUUUUCUCUCAAAAUUUUACGACUAAUAUCAAAAUGUUUCAACUUUAUUCUCAAAAUAACACUGGCUUUAAUAUGCGUAUCGUAGUUUCUCUGUUUAAGAGAAUGAUUUUAGAAAAACCUCUUAAGGACAUAGGCUUGUAUAGCAACUGUAAGUGCUGCAUUUUGGGUAAUGUAGUGUUUUCUAACUGUCUUUAACUGGAUCACAAGUUCUCUGACAGCUGAUGUUUAAAGACUCUGCUUUUGUGUGUUUUUUUUUUUAUUUUGAGUUUUAUUUAAAAUUAACUGUGUAAAGAUUUUUUUCACGACAAUAAAUA